AUGGAUGUUAAGAGCAUUGUCGAGGAAAAGGAGCUUCAGCUGAAGGAUCUGUUGAACAUCUCCGACGUUAGCAACUCUCUCCAAUGGCUGGCCUGGUAUGUCAAGUCCAUGAUAAUUCUAUUCAUACUAUCGCUGAUUAUUACAAUACUUUGGACGGUGGUCAGUAUGCCUCGCGGGAAUGCCCGGGACAGGAAUUUCCCGUGCACCAAGCGCUUCUGGUGUCCGACCAAGUCACUAUCCCCACACAGGCUGUUCCCUGUCCGACCCAGCGACGAGGAGCGACCUUCGGAUAAUUCUUCGGACCGUAAGACCUCCAAGUAUGUGGAUGCCAGAGCCAAAGGUAAAAGCGCUGGUGUACAGAUACAGAAUCUCAGCAAAAGCUUUGGCAAGCGACAGGUGGUCGAUGGCCUCAGAUUCGAUAUGUAUGAGAACGAGAUCAUGGUGCUCCUGGGACACAAUGGAGCAGGCAAGACCACGACCAUACAAAUGUUGACGGGCACCAUUCAACCCAGCUCCGGCACAGCGAUCAUCAACGGCUACGACAUACAAACCGAACACCUCCAUGCCCGUCGAUCCUUGGGCUUUUGUCCACAGAAAAGCGUCUUCUUCUCUGGUUUAAGUGUGGGGUCUCUUCGAUUCUACAGCCGCCUCAGGGGUCUAAAGGGGGCAGCGGUCAAGCAGGAAGUGAAUAAAUACUUGCAGAAGCUGAACCUCAAAGAAAAGGCGGGCACCUCGGCCCGUCGUCUCUCUGGGGGGACACAGCGUCGGCUUGCGUUGGCCUGUGCCCUGUGCGGCCACGUCAAGGUCCUGUUCUGCGACGAGCCCAGUACGGGUCUGUAUCCCAGCUCACGGCACGACCUGUGGAAGCUGUUGCUGGAUGAGAAGCGGGGACGCACCAUUCUGCUUACCACCCACCAUAUGGACGAGGGCGAGGUGUUGGCCGACCGCAUUGCCAUCAUAAGCGAUGGACGGCUCCGGUGCCUAGGCACAUUGGCGUUCCUCAAGAAACAGAACGAAACCAGCUACCUGCUCACCUGCGAGAAGGGCCCCAACUGCAAUGUGUCCAGGUUGACCCAACUGAUCGCGAGCCACGUGCCCAUUACGCGUCCUCAUAGUAACAUUGGAUCAGACGUGUCCUAUCGAUUGCCGCACCGCUUUUUGGGUUCCUUUGGCUCACUCUUCAACGACUUGGAACAACAGCAGGAUCAGCUGGAUGUGGUCGGAUUUGGCCUUAGCUCCACGAGUCUUACAGAAAUAUUUAUGUCGCACGGUGCGGAAGAUCUCGGUGGUGGUGGUGGUCGGGGUCGCACUAGCAGCGGCGGCGGCGGCGGCGGAUCGGAUCAGCAGAGGCCGGUACAGAGUCAAAGUCAAAGUCAGAGACAAAGCCAAGAACAGAGCCGUUAUCUUAACUUGUUCCAGCGCUACCUGGCCCAGUGCGAGGCCAUGAUGCUGAAGAAGCUCCUCCACAUAUAUGAUACGAAGUGGUUGUUUCUGUUCAUCCUGCUGCUGCCCAUUAUCGCCUACGUGGUAGUUCUUAUUCAUAUGUCUUUCAGAGUAAUACUGCAAUCGACAUCGGACACUCGCCCUGCGCGUGAUAUAGCCAAUGCCUACCAAGAAUUGGCAAAGCAGCACUGCACCGUCCAAAGACUUAGCCAGAAUUUUAAGGACUUCGUCGGCCCAUCGGUGCAAGACACGCCAGCGAGAUUAUACGAAAUGAAGCGCCGUCUUUUAGCAGCAGCCACCUUCGACAAAGAGACGAUCGUCUGGUGUAGAUCUCUACACUUCAUUCAUAGCGAUCCUCUUUCGCUCAACCUAGCGUUCAACGCCAUGGCGAAAGCGAUGGUCGGUCCCGAGGCGAGCAUAGAGGUAACCAAUGCCCCCUACGAAAAAUCGUCCUCCCUUGAGCAAAACUUAACGGUAUAUGUGACCGUGUGCAUGUGCAUAAUGAUUUAUCUGGCCAUUGUCCUGCCGAUAUUCGCCAUCUCAGUGGUGCAGGAGAAGGUAUCGCAGAUACGGAUGCAGCAGCAGGUGUCCGGUGUGAACCUGGCCACCUACUGGCUGACCCAUUAUAUCGUGGAUUUGACCCUCUACUUUGUGUUUUCCCUGGCACUGACACUGGCGGUGCACGAUUUGUGCAAUCCCUGGGACAUGCUGUCAAUACUCAUGAUCAUCGGAGCGGCGGGGCUUCCCUUUACCUAUAUAUUGGCAUGCUGUUUCCGAAGUGCUGGCUCAGCCUUGGCUGUAAUUAUCAACAUUCACAUUAUAGUCGGUAGUAUUUUCAACGGGCGUGUGCUUUGGUCUACUGGUCUACUGACGGCAGGCAAAAUUCAUGUCAGAGGCUGGAGCCUACAAUUCCGUCCCAGGGCAGCGAGGAAGCAGCUCGGCUACUGCCCCCAGCACGACACGCUCUUCGACUUUUGCACUGGCCGUCAAACACUCAGGAUCUUCCUUUUGCUGCGCGGCACACGCCGGAAUCUCCUCAGAGAAAUGUCCGAAAAGCUGGCCACCGACUUAGGCUUUCUUGCGCACCUCGACAAAAAGGUCAAGGCCUACAGUGGCGGCACUAAGCGAAAGUUAAACGCAGCGGUGGCUGCCGAGGGCUCAUCGCUCCUUUGUCUGGACGAGCCCAGCUCCGGGGUCGAUCCGGCGUCCCGGCGCCACGUGUGGACUGUCCUCUCCUCGCUGCGUGACAAGGGCAAGGCGGUGCUGCUUAGCUCUCACAGCAUGGAGGAGGUGGAGGCCCUCUGCUCGCAAUUGGAAAUUAUUGUGGAUGGGAAAAUUCAUUGCCUCGGAUCGCAGCAGCGCAUCAAGAAUAAAUUUGCCGAGAGUCUGGUGCUCAAGUUACAUGUAGAGACCGGAAAUCUGGAAAGCCUAGCGUACACUGUGGAGAAAGUAAAGAAUCAAAUGGCAUCGGACUUUCCCAAGUCAUCGCUACAGGAAGAGUUUGGAGGAAGGCUCACCUACCACAUACCCACUGCCAAACUGAGAUGGUCGCGGGUAUUCUCAUACGUUGAGAGGAAUCGCAGCCCUUGGAAGUUAUUGGACUACUCUCUGUCGCAGCCGUCGGUGGAAGAUGUCUUUCUGGACAUUGCAAAGAAGAGCGCGCAGGAAAAAACACAACAAAAUAUUCAAAACAGCCAACCAAAGAGUCGUCCUACCAAGAAGGAAUCCGCCAAAUCAAGUAAGGAUAAUGGCCGCGCCACUAGGUUGACCAAGCCAUAGGCCUGUAGCAAUUCAGUGGGUGAGAUGCGAAUUCGCCUAAAAUAAACAAAGCGAAGAAAUUCCACUCCAAAUGUA